AUGGCAGGCCGCUUCGUCCGAGCGUCGAAGUACCGACACGUCUUUGGCAAGCCGACCCGGAAGGAAUUUUGCUAUGACAACCUUCAUAUCAGCCGAAAUGCCUGGGAUACAAACCUAGUCAAGGCCAAUCCCGAAUACCUCUCGGUCAAUUGGGAUGCUGGCGGUGGCGGCGCUUUCGCUGUCAUUCCCCUCGAGGAGAAGGGCAAGCUGCCUGACCAGAUUCCCCUGUUCCGCGGCCACACGGCCACCGUCCUUGACACCGACUGGAACCCCUUCAACGAUCGCAUCAUCGCCUCUGCUUCCGAGGACGGCAAGGUCUUCAUUUGGCAGGUCCCCGAUAACUUCACCCUCUACACCGAUGCCGAAGAGCCCGCCGACGUCUCCCCCGUGAGCAAGCUUGGCGGCCACUCGAGGAAGGUCGGCCAGGUCCUCUUCAACCCCGCUGCCGACAACAUCCUGGCCUCCGCCUCUGGUGACUUCACCAUCAAGCUGUGGGACAUCAGCACUGGCCAGAACACCCACACCCUGCAGCAUGGCGACAUUGUCCAGAGCUUGUCGUGGAACGCCGCCGGCUCCCAGCUCGUGACGACCUCCCGCGACAAGAAGAUCCGUGUCUGGGACGUGCGUCAAGAGCGUCCCGUUCACGAGGCGCCCGGCCACGCUGGCGCUAAGAACAGCAGGACUGUCUGGCUGGGUGAACACAACCGCUUCGCCACCACGGGCUUCUCGCGUAUGAGCGAGCGUCAAAUUGCCCUGUGGGAGCCUGGUCGUGAUGACCCCAUUGGCGGCUUCACCAUGCUCGACUCCAUCUCGGGUGUCUGCAUGCCUUUCUGGGACGACGGCUCCAACUGCCUGUACCUUGCCGGCAAGGGUGAUGGCAACAUUCGCUACUUUGAAUACCAGAACGACAAGUUCGAGUUCCUCAGCGAGUACAAGUCUCUUGAGCCUCAGCGCGGCAUUGCCUUUGUUCCCAGGCGUGGUAUCAACGUCCAUGAGAACGAGGUCAUGCGCGCAUACAAGACGGUCAACGACUCCUACAUUGAACCCAUCUCUUUCACCGUUCCCCGCAGGGCCGAGACUUUUCAGUCGGACAUUUUCCCUCCCGCUUUCGGCAGCAAACCUGCCGUCUCUUCCAAGGAGUGGAUUGAUGGCAAGGACGGCAUCCCCUCCAAGAUUGACCUGGAGAGCAUCUACGAGGGCAAUGCGCCGAAGGAAGUUGCUUCUGACUACAAGCCCCCCGCGGCUCCCGUCGCCGCGACGCCUGCGCCGAAGCCUGAGCCCAAGAAGGAGCCUGAGCCUGCGCAGCCUGCCGUUCGAUCGCCGCCUCCUUCUAUGAAGGAACAGCAGAACUCCAUGUCUAACAUGGCCAACAAGUUCAAGGAUAACGAGCCCGCCGAGGAGAGCAGCGACGACGAUGACUCGAGCUUCGAGCAGGUCCAGAGACCCCAGCCGCGCACCAACGUUCCUAUCCGGUCCGAGCAAGCCAAGCCCCAGCCCCCUGUCAACGUCAGCACGCCAGCCGCGCAGGCCAAACCCGCCUCCCCGCCGGCCAGGUCACCAGUCACGUCGCAGCCGCCUCCUACCAAGACCUUCUCCGCCCCCGCCCCGAGCCCUGCUGCGGCACCAGUUGUGUCUGCGAGCCCCGCAGCUGCCGCCACCUCGUCGUCCGGCGACACACACCUGGCCGAGAUCAAGCAGCUUCUGGAGCAGCAGACCAAGAUCAUCACACACCUGGCCUCCGAGGUCGACAGCCUCAAGCGCAAGAUCAACGCGCCCAGCGGCGGCUCCCAGGACCAGAGCGAGCGCAUCCGGCAGCUCGAGCUCGAGCUCGAGGCCUACCGGGAGGAGUAA